UUCGAUUUCAUUUCAUUUUCCAUGUCUCCCAGCUUCGGAAUAUCCUAGGAUUAAGGAUAGCCAACCGUCUCAGUUUUCAAUGUUUCGUGAUCUAAUGGGCACCAAAAAUAUAUAGAGGAACUCAAAAAAAAAAAAAAAAAAAACUGAACUUAAAAGAAUCUGGUCUCUUCUACAAUUUUUUUCCCAGUAAACAUUCUUAUGAUCUUUCCUUAACCAUGUCGAAAUUCGAUGCCUACGAUCACCUCAAUGUUCAACUGAACCAUGAUGGUUCACUCACUCGUUAUGUUAAGCUUCCCACAACUCCAGCAACAGAGGAAAAGGCAGAGGUUAUGGGCCAAUCAGCAGUCAGCAAAGAUGUCGUCUUGAAUUCCGGCCACAAAACCUGGAUGAGAGUUUACCGGCCGAUGAAAUUGCCGUCCAACGACAAGUCCGUCGCGAGGCUUCCCAUCAUAAUAUACUUCCACGGUGGUGGAUGGAUUCAGCUCAGCGUUGGUCAAACCGUGAUCCAUGAAAGUCUCAAUAAGCUCUCUAGUGAGGUUCCGGCAAUUGUGGUCGGGGUUGAAUACCGUUUAGCCCCGGAAAGCCGGCUUCCGGCACAAUACGAGGAUGCGGUUGAGGCAGUGAAUUGGGUUAAGGAUCAAGCUUUGGAUGGAAACAAUGGUGACAAAUGGCUCAAAGACUAUGGCGAUUUUUCAAGGUGUUAUCUCUAUGGUAUAAGUUGCGGAGCAAAUAUUGCUUUUAAUGCUGCAUUGCGAUUAAGUGACACAAAACUCGACCCGAUUAAGAUCGCCGGGGUGAUAAUGAACCAGCCCUUUUUCGGCGGGAAGAAAAGGACGAAAUCGGAGUUGAAACUCGCCACCGACCAAUACUUCCCGUUGCCGGUGAUUGAUCUUCUUUGGGAGCUUGCAUUGCCUAAAGGGGCUGAUCGAGAUCAUAGGUAUUGCAAUCCAUUUGUUGAUGGCGCUUACAAAGAGAAAAUCAAGUCGCUUGGGAGGAGUUUGGUUAUUGGUUUUGGAGGUGAUCCUUUGAUCGAAAGACAACAAGAUUUGGUGCAGAUUCUGGUGAAGCAAGGGGUGUUAGUUGAAGCCAGAUUUGACGAUGUUGGAUUCCAUGGAAUUGAAAUGAUCGAUACUCGAAGGGCUGCAGCCAUUGUUAAUUUUAUCAAAGAAUUUGUCUAAUGUGACCAAUUUCUCCUUUUUUUUUUCUUAGAAAAAAAAAAAACCGAUUAAUAUGGUACUCUGGAUUAGAGUUUUGAUGGAUACCAGAACUUGGAGUAUGCUAAAUCAGAGCUUUUUAAUAAGUUAUGUUGGUUGUUCAUCUAAUUUUGGGCUUAAUUUUUGUUAAUGGAUGACUCUUUCAUCAAUUCGAUUCAUCUGUUUUAUCAACUACUUGAAGUCCACUUGCAAAUUCUAGUGAAUACUUGUACAGAUUGUUGUACCUUGUACGCUUGUCUUCGCCUACCACUUCAGUG